CGAACUACUUUGCCCGACUGGGCGGGACUCCACCCACGGGCAUUUGCAAGAACUUCCAUUUACUCCUUGGCCUUUCUAACCAUCUUUCCCCCGUCUUGUCUGACCACCUCAUCGCUCAUCAUGGCCGAUGACGACCGCCGUAAACGUUCCCGUUUUGAUCGCACCGAGCCCGAGCCUCGACGUCCCUCCCGCUUCGACCGUCGUUCUCGCUCUCCGUCUUCGCGACAGGUGGAAUCCACGCGAACCCGCAGCCCUCUGAGCCGAGAACCCCAGAGUCCGAGUGCCGACUCGUCGAGAAAGUCGGCCUCUGCCGAUCCUGCCGCCGCAGCUGCGGCCGCAGCAGCCAAGAUCAACGCCCAGUUGCAGGCCAAGAAGGGAAUUCAACAUGUCGAUGUUCCUCCGAUCCGCUCGACCGCCAGCCCGGCCCCCGCUGCCUCGCCAUCCGGUGACAGCGGCAAAUUGAAUGCGGAGAUCUACGUCGCCGAUGGAGACUACAUUAAAGAUAUUGAAAUUAAUGAUUUGCGCAACCGCUACACACUGACCAAGGGCUCCACUCAGAAAAUGAUCAAAGAUGAAACUGGCGCCGAUGUCACCACCCGAGGAAACUAUUAUCCCGACAAGAACAUGGCCACCGCUGCGAACCCGCCCCUGUUUCUCCACGUGACGAGUACGAACAAAGAUGGCCUCGAAAGGGCGGUCGAGUUGAUCAACGAUCUCAUGCAAAAGGAGCUCCCCAACCUGGUGGACGAGCGACGGUUCCGUCGCCGCGAGCCGGAGCCGGUGGAACGCGAUGAAUACGGCCGGCGUAAAUGGCCCGAGGAGCGGAUUCCCGUGGACUUGGAGCCGAUUCCCGGGUUCAACCUGCGUGCCCAGGUCGUCGGACAGGGCGGUGCCUAUGUCAAGCACAUCCAGCAGAAGACCCGUUGCCGGGUCCAGAUCAAGGGCCGCGGCUCGGGCUUCAUGGAGAACAGCACCGGCAGGGAAAGCGAUGAGCCCAUGUUCUUGCACGUUGCUGGCCCCGAUCCCAACGAAGUCCAGAGCGCCAAGGAAUUGUGCGAAGAUUUGCUCGGCAACGUCCGCGAACAAUACCAGCGCUUCAAGGAGAAUCCCCCCCAGCACAACUACGGUGGAUACAACGGCCCGCGUGGAGACCGGUACAACAGCAGCUAUGGCGGCGGUGGCGGAGGUGGAGGCGGAAGCGGAGGCUACGGAGGCUAUGGGAACCAACCAUCGCACUCCCCGUCCGCCUCGGCCAGCCCCGCGACCCAGCAACCCGCGUCCACUGCAUCGGGGGCGGGAACUCCUGCGGAUUACAGCGCGCAGUACGCCCAGUACUACGGCACCUCCGAUCCGUACGCGGCCUAUGGUGGAUAUCAGAACUACGUCGCCUACUACCAGUACUAUCAGCAGGCCGCUGCGCAGCAGCAACAGUCGCAGAGCCCUGCGCCGCCCCCGCCGCCGCCGGCCAGCGAAGCACCGCCCCCUCCUCCGCCCGGCUCCGGCUCUCCGCCGCCGCCUCCUCCUGGGGCUCCCAGCUACGGUGCUGUCCCGCCCCCUCCGGGUCUGUAGUCAGUCCGUCAACGGGCACUGGUCAACUUGAAUGCACUGUAAGAUCAGGUGAACCACUUAUUUAACGAAAGAAAAACAAGAAAACAGGGCCUGCCCUGCAGAGCGGUGGAGUAAAUUUUAUGAUGUUUUGUUUGUUCGAGUAAACAGCUGACUCAGGGUUCCUUGUCAAUUUGUACCUUUACCUUUAACCUUGAUGUUGACCGGACGGAUCCCCGUUGCAG